AUGAUGGAGAAUAAUAAUAAUGAUGCGAUAUCCAGAACAGUUUCCCUGGAAAAAUUCGAAUGCGGCUCCUGGGCUUCAUCAACGAUAAUACCAGACCUUGAUGUUGAUGAAGGUGACUCUAUGAACACCUACUUCGAUCUCCCAUUGAAGUUGAUUAAAAAUAUUAGGAACAAUUCUAGUUUACCGGUUUCGGCUGCUUUCAUGUUCGAUGAUAAGGAUGUAAAAGGAGUUUUGAAAAAUGGAUCGACUCAAACAAGAUCAACAGGAAGAAAAUCACACGAAUCAUCAUCAUCUCGGUAUGUAAGGUUCACUACAUCGUGCCCAACAUCGUACCCUGCCUCAGCUGCUUCUUGCAUAACGCCUCGUUUGCGUAAGGCUAGAGACAAUUUAAUGCUUUCUUAG